CCACUUUGAUAAAGAACAACCACAAUAAGCCACUACGUCGUUUCAACAAUUUUUUGUUUUCCAAACUUUCCCUUUUGUACCGGAGAGUUUACUAAAACUACCAAAACAGCAGAAUUUACACGGAAAAUACAACAACAAAAUUUCACGUCUGCACUGCACUGGAACCGCUAAGCAUAACGUCUAUUUUUGAAAUUAAACAAUACGAAUAAUUACCCUAAUUUACAGGAAAGCUAAAUAUUUCUUUACCGUUCUGUUUUACACGUAACUUAUUAGCUUUUUCCACUAUGUAUUUGCUAUCUCUGUUUUUACUAUCAUUAUUACUUCAAUUUUCUAAUUCUGAGUACUCCUCUGAUGAGUUUAUUAAGUACAAAAAGCUACAACAUAUAAAUGGAAAUCCGUUGAGCAGUAAAAGUUACCCGUAUGUGGCGGCCAUUUUGAAAAAAUAUUCAUAUUUGUGUAGUGGUGUUCUGGUGAGCAAUCUCUGGGUACUUUCUGCAGGUGACCCGUUAUUCACAAUCGGAGAAUCCUACAGAAUCCUGCGCGUGCGACUUGGCUCCACCAACUACAAGAAGGGGGGUAUUCUGACCGGCAUCCAGUACUUCGAAAUCCACCCAAAUUUCGACGACAGCAAGCCCGCUUUUGACCUGGCCAUGAUUAGGUUGGCUGCUCCGGUAGAAAUUACGAGGUUUGUUAAACCAAUCCGGUUAUUGGGGAGCAGAGUGGACACACAACAUUAUGGUGUCACGUUUUGGACACCGGAUCCGAACCCAGAAGACAAGCAUCUCCCUGAAAAAGAACGAUUAACUCGCAGACGUGUCCUCCAAGUGACUCACGUCCAUGCCACUGAACCUCUGAAGUGCGCUAAAUAUGUCACAGCACUGAAAAUUCGGGACACUGGCAGUCUACUGUGUUUGGACCUGCCAUCUUCAGUCGUGCCUUCAUGUACGAGAAUAUCAGGUGCAGCUGUGGUGACAAAUAGAAACCUCUGGGGCAUCGUAUCCUCGUGGAGACCAGAGAACUGCCAGAAAAGGACAUCCCCAGCUCUGGUCAACCUGGUGACAGUUCCAGCGACAGCCAGGUGGAUCCACUCCACUAUAGCCGACAACCCCUGGACUACCAAGAAUGAUACUGUGAAAUCUGUGGAAGAAUACAGUAGUGUUGAUGAUGAUGAGGAUAGUGGCGCUAAUAAUAUUUGAGAUGAACGUUUUGGCUUUUUUUUGGUGUGGUCCUAGUUUGAGUAAUUUAUGAGUUACUAGCUGUC